AUGGUACAAUUACAGCGGCUAGGUUUAUUGACUGUGGCGCCCGGUCUCCUUUCCUUGGCUACCGCCAAUGAAUACGAUUACGACGUGCUCGUGGUCGGUGGAGGCUCCAGUGGCACUCACGCUGCCAUCCAGCUGCAGCAGUCUGGAAAAUCGGUUGCGCUCGUUGAGAAAGAGUACCGGCUGGGUGGACACACCAACACCUACAAGGACACGGCGACCGGCGAGACUUUCGAUUACGGCACGCAAGUCCUCGUCAAUACCACCACCGUUCGACACUUGUUCGACUCCCUCAACAUUCCCCUCGCUCCUUUCAAGCCCGGUGGCCAGCCCAAGGCAGUUGACUUCCGGAAUUCGGUCGUCGGGCCCUCAUGGCCCGUCGUCGACGCUAACGCCUCUGCUGCGGCGCUGGACAAGUACGAGGCUCUUCUCACACAGUACCCAGACGACUUCUUCCGUGGAUACCACCUCCCCGAUCCCGUUCCGGAGGACCUAUUGAUGCCUUGGGGUGACUUCCUGCGGAAAUACGACCUGGGCGCGCUGGCAUAUGAUGGCUUUUUGCAGUUCCAAGGCAUGGGCAACAUCCUCGCCCAGCCUACCCUUUAUGUGAUGAAGCUCUUCAAUCCCAUGCAAGUCUCAGCACGCAAAGACAAGACCAAAGUCUCGCAAGCAAACCACAACCAGCAGGCGCUCUGGGAUGCCGCAGAACAGAAACUCGGGAUGGGCAACAGCUCUGUCGUGAAGUGUGCCAACAUCAAGUCUAUCACACGCAGCUCUUCAUGCGUCACCCUGGUCGCUCAAACCCCAUCAGGCACCCAGACACUUCGCGCAAAAAAACUUCUUAUGACCAUUCCCCCUAAGGUCGCCCUCCUCGACCAGUUUCUGGAUUUAAACACGGAGGAAACAGACCUUUUCUCUCGCUUCAACAGCAGCGGUUACUGGAAUGCAGUCGUGGCCAACACCGGUUUCCUACAGGGCGUCUCUAUGUACAACUACGACGCAAAAGCCGCCUUCGGCAUCCCCGGGCUGCCAGGCGCAUACUAUUUCACCGCCGAAAUCGACAACCUCUAUUCAGUGCAAUACUCCACUCCCAUGGAAGCCUCGGACGAUUACUUCACCUCCGAUAUCCUCGCCACGGUCCAAAGGAUACGCGAUGCGCUCGAUCUGCCUCCUGCCAACCAAUCUACGACGAUACAGGCUAGCAACAAUCAUUCGCCCUUCGCAUUGAGCGUUUCGGUCGAGGAGAUAAAAAAUGGCUUUUACAAGCGUUUCGUUGCUCUGCAAGGUAUGACGAAUACGUUUUGGACGGGAGCGAAUUGGGCUUCGGGGAGUUCAAGCACGAUUUGGGAUUUCACGGAGGUGGAGAUUUUGCCUGCUAUUCUCAAGAGUCUGGAGUAA